AUUUUGAUUGUAUUUUGUGUACAUUUUAAAUUAUUUACUUAUAUGUAUAAUAAUGAAAAAUUACGAACUUAUGGCAUAACAGCUUAAUACUAUCAAAAUGAAUACACCGAUUGAUAAUAUUAUCGUAAAUCCAUGUCAAUACACACCCGUUUAUAUCAUUGAAAAUCCUACUGUUUCUCAGACGACACCAAUUGUUGUGACUACAUCAGCCCAAAAACCACAACAUAGCAAUUUAAAAGCGUUUUAUGAAAAUAGCGGUAAACUGGAAAAUAACCUCCUGCAGCGCAACGAGAAUAUAAAGACUCCACGAAUAAUCAAGAAAGUUGAUAAUAAUGUGAUUGGAAAUAAUUUGAAAUUAGCAAAUUUUCUUAUGGCAAAGAAUGAAUUUAAAAUUGAAACUGUUUCUGAACAGCCAUCCAUUCCUUACAAUAACAUUGUAUUGAAACCAUUGUUUGUUACAAAUACUCCUAGCAGUACUAACAUACAGCCCACACUUCCCAAGUUAGAUGUGCGGAGUAAAAUUGUUCGAGUUAAAGACAUCCCGAUUGCAAAGCAAAAAAACAGAAAAAUAUUGCCAAAGAUGACACCAAAAGAGGAAACUAUUGCAAAACCAUCAAAGACUACAUCUGUACAAUUAAUUAAAUUAGGCGAAACCUAUCAUUGCCUCAAUGAUCUUAAUGAUGAACAGAUGAAAAAAGUGAAUCAUGCUCUAAAGAUUUUUAACAGCCCAAAGAACCCUCCAAAAGAACUAUCUUUCGAUCCUGCCACUAAUACCCAGUACAUAUACAAAGUUCUGUCACCAAAAGAUAUAGUACCAAAUAAUAAAGAUAAAGAAGUAUUAAAGCCUAAGAAACCAGAGAUUAAAAAGGAAAUAAAAAAAGUAGAAAAAAUUGUACCUGAAAUUGAGGAAGAAGAACCUGUAAUUCCCAUUGAGACAACAAUCACGAGGAGUGGAAGAAAAGUAAGGUUGCCAAAAAAUAUUUUGCCAGAGGAAACCACACUUCAAAAACCUAAGAAAAAAAGUGGCACUAUUGUAACUUGCAAUCAGUGUUCUUUGCAAUUCAACAGUUUGUAUCGUUUAAGAAGACAUUAUGAUCACCAUCCAACCCAUGUGCCAGCACCUGGCCAUACCAAUCUUUUCCAUUGCCUUUUGGCUAUAAUUAAAACUGGAACUGAAGAUGAGCAAGCCAAUAUAUUUCUACAACAAUUAGAACAAUUUAUAGCCAAGAUAAGAUCUUUGAUCCCUUGCUUCAUCAAAAGUGACAGUUUAGUAGGCAAGUUAAACACAAUAGGCGAAGAUGUGGCAAAUUUAUUUGGGAUUGACCCAGGAAAAUACAAUUUAAAUGUAAGUGCAUUAAGCUGCAACAAAGAUAAAGAUGGCCAUUGUCAACAUAACCCACCACCACCACAUGUCACUUCAGAAGCAAGCCCAUUAGAUAGCCAUAAAGGGGCUGUCGAUAUUCCUCAAACAGAUGACUGUGCUAGAAAUAAUUCUGCAGAUAAAUGGCCAACUGUCAGCAAAAGGUUGGAAUCCCGUAAAAACCCUGAACAAGGCACUGCUAAGAAAAUUAAAUUGAGUGAUGCAAAAGUGCCUCUCGAGCAAUGUGAACUUGAUGAUGUAGAUAUCGACGCCUUUUUUAGCAAUACCCACAAGACUGAAAGUCCAAUGGAUAUUAAAACUGAAACACGAGAGAUUGACAUAAGUGAUCAACUGCAAACAAAUCUGAAUCAGGACCUUAAGAAACACCAUUUAAAAUUCCAUAGUACACAUUUUGAUAUCCGAUCAUCUCCAAUAAAACCAACCUCAACAGUGUUCACAAAAUUUCAAAUAAAUCCAGAAAAAUUACCAAAAUUUGACAUGCAAGAAAUACAACCUUUAAUAAAUCAAGAAAGUUACACUGAGCAGGUUCAUACUCAGCCAAAUAUAGUCCCAAGUCUGGAAAUUGAUUUAUUUACUCAAAAUAAUUCUUUACCAUGUAAGGAGAUGUCUGAUAUUAGUCUGCACUCCUCAAAAGACUGGUCUCUUAAAUACAUGGACAAUGAAAGUAAUAUGAAUUAUGUGAAGGCUGAUAGUAUAAUAAAUGAUAGUACAGAUUAUUUAAAAUCAAAUGGAUUAAUAGAGCCAGCUUUAUUACAUGUAAAAGAUGACUCAAAACUAGAAAAUGGAAAUGCUCAUGAAAAUAAUCUAAAUGAAAAUCUAUCUCAUCAGGAUUCAGUUUUAAGCCUACUCUCAUACCCAGAAGCAACAAUACGAAAUAGUACUGUAGAUUUUAGUCUAGAUUUAUUUAGUUUUAGUAAUUCAUAGUAUAAAUUACCUUAGAUAAUAAUUUUUAAAU